AUGAAGACGCACAACAUCAGGGCCCUCUCCCUCAUCCUCUCCAUCGUUUGCUACCUGCUGGUGGGAGCCGCGGUCUUCAACGCGCUGGAGUCCGAGCGCGAGGGGGACAGGCGGAAGGUCCUGGAGCAGAGGCUGGGCGAGCUGCAGAGAAAGUACGGCUUCAGCGAGCGCGACUACAGGCAGAUGGAGAGGGUGGUGCUGCUGGCAGAGCCGCACCGAGCCGGCAGGCAGUGGAGGUUCACCGGCUCCUUCUACUUUGCCGUCACUGUGAUCACCACGAUAGGUUACGGCCACGUUGCUCCUCAAACUGAUGCUGGCAAGGCCUUCUGUAUGUUUUAUGCAGUCUUGGGCAUUCCCCUGACGCUGGUCAUGUUCCAGAGCCUGGGCGAGAGGAUCAACACGUUCGUCCGCUACCUCCUGCGAAGAGCCAAGCAGGGUCUGGGCCUGCGAAAGGUGGAGGUGUCCAUGGGGAACAUGGUGCUUGUGGGUCUGCUGUCUUGCAUGAGCACUCUGUGUGUCGGAGGCGUGGCCUUCUCCCAUUUCGAGGACUGGACCUUCUUCAAUGCCAUGGAGGGGGGCACCAGCUGUACAAACCUCCUCCCUUCUCCUGUAGAGGAUCAUGGACUUGUUACUCCUGAACAGAGACAGGACUCAGAGCCCCCUGAACCCAGCAGACUCAGAUACCUGUUCUCCUGCGUCUGCUGUGACAUUCACGACCGCCCCCCUCCGUCUCACUGCGACCAGGAGCGGGGCCACAGCAACCCUGUCUUCUACGACUCCAUCUCCUACAGGGUGGACCGGGCCUUGUGCAGCUCCUGCACCCUGUCUGCACAGGCAUCCCCGUGUAGCGUAAGGCUCUGCCUGGGCAGGAACAAUCUUGUCACCAGGAGGAAGUCAUUCUGACUCUGUGAGCUCUUACAUGAAUGUCCCCUUUGAAUGUUUUCUGCUCAGAUUGAACACGCUGGUUUUCUGCUGGGUGGAACCAUUUGUCCUGUCACAGUCAUCAUGAAUGUAGCAUU